CAAAGGCCAUGUUCACCCGAGUGAGUCCAGGCUGACACACACACACAGCUCUUUGCAGCGUCAGUCACUCACUGGAGGUCUUACUCUGAUUUCUGUUUUCAUGUUUGAAAGUGUUAGCUGCAUUUUCAUGGAACAAAUCAAGUGAUAAAGUUACUCAGAUUUUAUCUAAGGAGAAAGGUAAAACUCGACUCUGUCUACAGCUACUGCUGCUGCCUGGGUAACGUGAUCUCACAGGCUGUGUUAGUUUAAAAAAAAGGUUAACUACAGGCUCCAUCGCUGUCCUGGAUCUCCCUGCAGCAGCAUGGCUAAAGGAACGAAUGCCAACAGAGUGUCCAAAAGUAAGAAAAUCACCUUGAAAAUGGCCCAGAACCACGUGGAGCUGACACUGGGAGGCAAACGGCGACUGGACCUCAGUUUCAUGGGGAUCGCAGCUGUUCCAAAGUGCGUCCAGAAGCUUUUUGACAUGGAUGAGGUGGACCUGAGCAGGAACAUGAUCAGAAAAAUUCCAGAUUUUAUUGCUCAGUUCAUCAAAACGUCUGUUUUGGAUUUGCACAGCAACUAUCUGGAGGAGCUCCCCGUGGCUAUCGGCUACCUGCAGAACCUUAGGGUUUUAAACCUGUGCAACAACCGUCUGACGAGCCUUCCGAGUGAGCUCGGCCUUCUGAAAAAACUCUACACCCUCAACCUGGGUCUCAACCGGCUGGAUGCUCUUCCCGCCUCCAUUGUUGCACUGAAGGAGCUCCGCCACAUUGGCCUCUCUGAUAACAGGUUCACCCAUGUCCCUGGCUGCCUCUUGAAGCUGAACAAACUGGAGAGUGUAAACAUGGACAGGAAUCCCAUGUUUACUAAGAAGAUGACCAAUCAGGAACCAGUCGAUACUUCAGUGAGCUUUUAUCUAGUCAAAGAAAGCUUUCUGUGCACAGAGUGUCUGAAUAGGUGCCAAACUGAGAGAAAGAAGCUGAGAGAGGAAUAAAUACCAAAGUGUGUCCUUGACUACUGAUACAUAAAAGCAUAUUAUUUCUUAUAUUGUGUGUUACUCUGAUCUGCGUUCUACAUAGUGUAACACUGUUAAAGUAGCUUAAAUAAAUAUCCAACAGUAACAGAAACCAC